CCCUUCCCGCCCCAAUCAGGAGCCGCGGGGCGAAGCGUCUCUCCCGGCGACGGCGAUCGGAAGGCGCCGCGCGCAGCCAUCGUUGCUCCGCUGCGUCCAUCCGGAGUGGGGCUCCGUGGGCAUCCGGGUGUGUCAGGGCACGUCUGCCUGAUAGCGCCAAUCCCUCAGCUCGGAGCUUCGGGAGCCAAGUACAGUUGUUGGAAGAUAAAGAAUUAUGGAAGUAUUACGGCCAGUGCUGAUAAGAAUUGGAGGGCGUGUUUAUAGAAAAAAUUUUAUUCGCGAGCAAGCUUACCAACAUGAAGAGGAGGAAGAUUUUAAUACAGAUCUUGGAGAUGGCUCAGAUGAACCCUGUGAUGCGUUUGUAGUGGAAGAGACAGAAAGAGGGUACCAGUGCACUAUGGACAUUCCUAGUCCACUUUAUAAGUAUAUAAUAGGAAAGAAAGGAGAAACCAAGAAGAAACUGGAGACAGAAACACGAACCUCCAUCAGUAUUCCCAAGCCAGGUGUAGAAGGAGAAAUUGUGAUCACAGGACAACAUCGGAAUGGUGUUAUUUCAGCGCGGACACGAAUUGAUGUUCUUGUUGAAAGCUUCCGUAAAAAGCAGCCCUUCACACAUUUUCUGUCAUUUGCACUCAACCAGCCUGCAAUCCAAGAGAAGUUUCUACAGUUCAAAGAGGAAGUGUUGGAGAAAUGUUCCCAUGACUAUGGAGUCAGCAGUAGUCUGUUCCAGAACCCAGCAAAACUCCAUUUGACUAUUGGGACACUGGUACUUCUGAAUGAACAGGAAGUCCAGAAGGCUCAGGAACUCCUGCAGAGGUCUAGAGAAGACCUUGUUGACCCAAUCUCUGAAGGCAAACCACUAACUGUGGAAGUGAGAGGUAUAGAGUAUAUGAACGAUGAUCCAGCCAUGAUUGAUGUUCUGUAUGCAAAAGUCCGUAUGAAAGAUGGAUCCAACAGGCUUCAGCUCAUAGCAGAUAGACUGAUGGAUCAGUUUGUGACCUCUGGGCUGAUGAAAAAAGAAUGGGAUAGGGUGAAACUCCAUGCUACUGUUAUGAAUACAGUCUUUCGGAAUGAUCCUAGCGCUGAAGAACCAAAUAACCGAGGCACGAGCAAAUCUUUCAAAGAAAGGGAAUCAUUUGAUGGCCGAACAAUUUUGAAGGUCAGUAUAAAAUUACAGCCAAGUUUAGCUUACAUUAGUUAA